AUGAACACUAGCCCUGUUGCAGUCUAUCCUCAUCCCUGGGUGAAUCAACGACGAUCUUACGAUGGUCAUUUGUGCACCAUCCGCUAUGUGGGCAAAGUCGACGGAACGUCUGGGGAAUGGCUAGGGGUUGAAUGGGAUGAUCCGACGCGGGGAAAGCACUCAGGCCAGCAUAAUGGAGUGAGAUACUUUAGAUGCUUAAGAAAUCACCCUACGGCAGGGUCAUUUGUGCGGCCUUCACGCCCAGCAGACAGUCCGCGCAGCUUUCUAGAGGCAGUCCGCGAGAAGUACGCAUCUGAUUUUGAGCAGAGUCGUGAGAGACAAGCUCGUCCGGAUGCGGAGUUCGAAGAGCCUAUCAGAUUCAAAAGCAAGAUUGCUGAAGAAGUGGGCUUCGACAAGAUCCGGAAGCAGCUCGCGGAGCUUGAGGAGCUGAAAAUUGUGCUCCUGGAUGGACUACGCGUGGCGGGUCUGCUUGCGCAGGAGGCUAGUCGAGAACAGGUUGAAGAGGCACGCGGCCAGAUCGAGCGUACUUGUCCUAAGAUCGUGGAGCUUGAUUUGAGCUGGAAUAUGUUGACCAAAUGGAGGGAUGUUUCUGAUAUCUGUCGGCCGCUUAGGCGAUUGAGUCUUCUGAAGCUGAACGGGAAUCGGUUUGAGCCUGUUGAGGAGGGCUUGAGGUUUGAUGGGAUCAAAGAGCUUCAUCUGGAUGACACUUUACUUCCAUGGGAGCAAAUAUCAAGAGUGGCUGCUCAGUUUCCGUCACUCACCUGGCUCUCGGCUUCAGCGAACCAAAUCUCUAUGGUGCGGACGCCAAUAUCCAACACUAUAAUUACACUCAUUCUCGACAACAACGAAAUAGGUUCCUUGUCUUCAAUUAGAGCAUUGACUUCUCUUCAGAACCUCGAGCAUCUGUCACUGCGCGGAAACUGCAUCGACGCCGUAGCCGCAGCUGAAACUGAGGGUCAUUCCUUCCAAUUCUCAAGAAGUCUUCGAUCUGUGGAUCUCUCCCGAAACAAAAUCAAUUCGUGGCUGUUUAUUAACCAACUUCCCGAGAUCUUCCCGGGCCUGCGAAGCCUUCGUGUAUCAGGGAACCCUCUUUACAACCAAGCCGUGGCACCGUCAUCUAUCACCGGUCUUCCUGAGAGGCCGAUGACAGUGGAUGAAGCUUACAUGCUAACACUCUCCCGCCUCUCCGCUUUGGAGGUACUCAAUUACAGUACAAUAUCUGAGAAGGAUCGCAACAACGGCGAGCUAUAUUACCUGUCCCUGAUCGGCAAGGAGCUGUCAGCGCUUCCGGAGACCGCAGAGCCAGAUAUACACAAAGCACACCCUCGGUACAGGGAGCUAUGCAGAAUCUAUGGGGAGCCACUCAUCCAACGAGCCUCCAAAGCCACUGGGUCAGGAGCUGCGCUUAACCCACGCUCUGUUGCGGCGCGAUUAGUGCGAAUGGUAUUCCAUCUAACUCAGGCAGAGUGGGCAUCAAAUCAUCACGAAACCGUCAAAGUAAAAGAAAUUCCUCGGUCGUAUGACACGUAUCAGGUCAAAGCAAUUGUUUCUCGUCUGUUCGGGAUCACCCCAUUUGAGUUUCGACUAAUAUGGGAAACGGACGAAAUGGAUCCGGUGAGCAAGAAGAAUAUGGAUAUUGAAGAUGAGUGGGAUAGUGAAGACGAAGAUGUCUAUGGAGAGGGUACGCUGAAGCCUAGGGAUGACCCGAAGUUCGUGAAACGGGAGGUCGAGCUUGUAGAUACGACCAAGGACAUUGGGUUUUGGUUUCAGCCCGAUCUUCUAGAGGCCAAAAUUCGGGUUGAAGUCACUCCUCGUUCAUGA